AUGGUGAAACUCGCACUAUUCUUCAAAGCAGAUCUUGAGAAUGUAACUGACGUUGGUCCAGGAGACGAUGCGUACGAGUGGCAUUUUAAGGCGCAGAACGAAAUAUCUGGCUCGAGAGGAAGCGCCAAUUUCGUCAUGAGAUGCAAAUUCUGUAGGCGAGAGAGCAGUGCACAAUUCGAUCCCAAACCUACUACUUUUUAUACAAGCGAUGAUAGUGGGAAAUACGCACAGAUGGCUGUUAUCGAGUGUCGAGGGUUGGAGUUUACUGGAUUUGAACCUAGAGUGCGUAUGAUUGGAUUCAAGGCAGUGAGUUCUGAAUCGAGAACAGUAUUUGAAAACAUUGACUUGUCAGAAGGAUAUUGGGCCGACUACGACGAAAACGGUGGAGUGCCCGUAAGCAUUUCCGAGAUAGAGGUUGAAUUCAGAAGAUCAUGA